AUGGAAAAUCACACUUUCAUUGUGAAUGUUCUACUGAUUGAAGGGUUAAAGGUCAGCCCAUCGUCCUCUGUUCCUGCCUUCAUCUUCCUCCUCCUCAUCUACAUCUUCAUCAUGGUGUCCAACAUCGGUCUGGUGGUCUUGAUCUUCAUGGAUAGGAGCCUCCAUGAGCCCAUGUAUCUGCUCUUCUGUAACAUGAGUAUUAAUGAUGUGUUUGGGGCCAUAACAAUUAUUCCUCCCAUACUGAGUGAUGUGUUUACUCCAAUAUCAAAGAGGUACAUUCAUUAUACAAGCUGUGCCAUUCAGGCCUUCUGUGUUCACUUUCAUGCAUGCACCUCAUACACAGUGCUCAUGAUCAUGGCUUUUGAUCGCUAUGUGGCAAUCUGCAACCCAUUACGAUACGCCACCAUCAUGACCAACAGGAUGGUGGUCAGACUAUCAGUGGCGAACUGGGCUACAUCUUUUUUCUUUGUCACAAUCCUCAUGAGUCUUACCUACCGCCUGACACGCUGCAGGCAAUUCAUAAACAACCCGUUCUGUGACAAUGCCUCUUUAUUUAAACUCUCCUGUGAGAAUCUUCUCAUUAACAACAUCUACGGCCUCGGCAAUGCUGCAAUCAUCUUGGGCGCCUCUAUUGGCAGCACUACAGUCACCUACCUGAGAAUCGCCAUUGUGUGUUUAAGAAGUAAGAACAAGGCUCAGAUCAGUAAAGCUUUGCAGACCUGUGUUUCACACCUGGUGGUCUACAUUAUCCUGCUCUUGUCAGGUGGCAUCAUCAGCAUCCUCCAUCGUUUCCCUAAUUUAUCAGAUGAGAGGAAGCUGGCAUCCAUCAUGUUCCAUGUGGUUCCUCCUUCCAUGAACGCUGUUAUCUACGGACUGCAAAUCAAAGCUAUAAGACAGAAAAUGAUGAUUUUAUUUAAAAGGAAUAAAGUUUUUUAA